AUGAACCCCCUGUUUGCUGGGAUCCCGCUCAGCGCCCUGCUGCGGGCUGCCUUGGGAAACCGCAAGCGGUGCUAUGACUGCGGUAGAGGCCCCAGCGGCUCCUGCAAAGAGACCGUGACCACUUGCGGCCAGGGCAAACGCUGCGGCUUCCUGGAGGGCAAACCCCAACCAGACCUGAGACAGACCAAGCCAUCUGGAAACCCCUCAGUGACCUUGAUUCAUCACCAUGCAGCCUGCGUGGCAGCCCAUCAUUGCAGUCGAGUGGAAACAGAGGUGGUGGGAGACAUGACUUAUAUGACCCACAGGGACUGCUGCGUCUGCGACCUGUACAACAGUGCUGUGGCGAGCACUGCAGGCCCCGCGUGCAUUGUGGCUGCAGGGGUCACCGCCCUAGCCUGGCUCUUGCCAGGACUGUGGAGAGGGUAG